AUGCAUUUCCAAACUUCAACACUUCUGAAGCUUCUUCCCCUACUCCAACUAGGGUGGGCUUCCCCAACGCUGAAAACAAGAAAUUCCUCCAGCUGUGCUCCGGGAUAUUAUGUGCCCAACAUCGGCAAUUUCGACCUCCAGCUUCCAAUUGGUAGCGAUGGAAAACCCCAGACUGUAUCCGGCUCUGACCUGACAGGCUGCGAUGGAUUCCAAGAUCCAGAUUGGUUCUACUGGGACGCCGACACAAAAUCCAUCGUCAUGAAAGCACCGCCCAGCUCUUCUGACUGCGUCAAAACAACGAACAGCAAACAUUGCCGCACAGAAUUCCGCGAGACGAACCCCAAGAGCUGGUCUGCAAGCGGCACCAACAAGAUGACCGUUUCGUUGACUGUAGUCACAGCCGAUGAUGGAAGCCAUGGCACCGUUAUUGGACAGGUCUUUUCGGCCGAGUACUCCAAACCGGUCGCUGAGCUUUACUAUAGUCCCUCUGGUGAUAUCUACAUCGGCGUCGAGCAGUCAACUGAUGGCGGAGACAGCGAUUUCACCCAAGUCGGAAAUGUCCCUCAGGGAACCGCAUUCACGUAUGAGCUCAGUUAUUCUGAUGACAACUUGACCGUCUCCUUGAACGGGGGAGAUGCCCAGAGCUUCGAGACAAGUCAGCUCGAUAACCCAGACAGCUAUUUCAAGUUUGGCGAUUAUAACCAAGGAGAGGAUGUCGACAGCCAAGUAGACGUGACUUCGAUUGAUGUUGUACACAAUUACAACUAUUUAUCACCUAAAGAAGAAGCCAUGACAUACUCACAGCUACCGCUCCCCGAGGGUAUUACCUCUCGCCAAAUCGAUCUUUCGUCAUUUGGCCAUCUCUCUUUCCAUAUCCUUGAAGCUGGAUCCCCAUCGAAUCCUCUUAUUUUAUUGCUUCAUGGAUUUCCGAUGCUAGCCUACUCAUGGCGAAGAAUUAUGCUCCCACUGGCAAAUGCUGGAUACUAUGUAGUCGCACCGGACCAACGAGGAUAUGGUCGGACAACCGGGUGGGAUGUGCGGCCGUAUACUGAAGUCGACUUGCACACCUUCUCAACAACUAUAUUUGUCCGAGACAUGCUUGCUGUAGUUUCUGCUUUGGGCUUUACAAAGGUGAAAUGUGUGGUGGGUAUCGAUGCAGGUGGUGUAACGGCCGGCGGUUGUGCAGUUAUUCGGCCAGACGUAUUUGAAAGUGUGAUGUUGCUGACCCAUCCAUUCAACGGAUCACCAACACUGCCCUUUGGUGUUGCGAAUAGAGAGAAGCAGGUUGAGACCAAUGACGCCGCUGCCGUUGGUCAGAAGACGGGCUCGCCAUCAAUCCACGAACAGCUUGCAGCGCUUGGUCGGAAGCAUUAUAAGUGGUACUAUUCUACACCGGAUGCAAACGCCGAGAUGACAAGUCCAACAACUCCGGGAGGCUUAAAUAGCUUCUUGCGUGGGUAUUUCUAUGUCAAAUCCGCAUCUUGGGCAGGCAAUAGCCCUCAUCCAUUGGAAGGAGGAUGGACGGCCUCCGAACUUGUCAAGCUCCCUUACUACUACAUCAUGCCUCUAGAAGCAACGAUGCCGGAAUCAAUCCACAAGCUCAUGGCAAAUGAAGCAGAAGAAGCCGUGGAGUUAUCAAAGGAAUGGCUGUCAGACGAAGACAUUGAGGUGUAUGCAUCCGAGUAUAGCCGUACCACAUUCGCGGGUGGCUUGAAUUGGUAUCGAGCAUACACAGAUGGAAAGUUUAAGCGAGGCAUGGAUGUUUUUGCUGGGCUGAAAAUAAAGAUCCCUUGUGCAUUCAUUGCUGGAGACAAAGAUUGGGGCACAUACCAGGAGCCAGGCACUAUAGAAAAGAUGCGUGAUGGUACGUUUUGUGAAGAUUUUCGAUUCUUCAAGAUGGUGAAAAAUGCAGGGCACUGGAUUCAGCAGGAAAAACCGAAAGAAGUCAUUGAGGGCAUUUUGAGUCUUGUGAAGAGUCUCGAAUGA